AUGCAACAACCAUUAUCCUCACCAUCACCAGGCACAAUAGAUGAAGAAAAACCACAAUUCCAUCCAAUAGCAUGCAAUAAUUGUAAACGUCUUCAUAAAUGUUGCGAUCGGGCAUUGCCAUCAUGUAGUGGAUGUAAAUGGAGGAAGGUUGAAUGUGUUUAUGAAGAGGCAAAGAAGGGAGCCUCUAGGAUUCGGAAGAAGAAGAAAUCAAAUAAUGAUGGAAAGAUUACAUUCCAGAUGGAAAAUUCAUCGUUCAAUGAAACUUGUAAUAAUUUAAUUUCGAUUAAUAAUUUGACAAUUAAUUCAGGAAGUAUUAUUACAAAUUCUUCUAUUGGUGGUAAUGGAAGUAAUAUUAGUGCUGGAGUUGGAGUUGGAGGAAAUCUUUAUCAGACAAUUAAUGAGUUUGCAGAGAUGAGGAAAUAUUUGGAUAUUUAUGAAGAAAUGAUGUCUGAGAUUUGGGUUAUUAAUCCGAAGGAAUUGGAAACUUAUUUAUUGAGUAAGGAUGAUUCAUUACCGAAUUGUAAAGAGGUCAAGGCCAUGUUUAUGGCUAUUAAGGCACAAAUUGAGCAGGAAACUCUUGCAUCACCAACAGCAGAUGAAUCAGCACGUAAAGCCAGAGAUGCUCUCAGCAAGAUUUUCGAUGAACACUCUAAUUUUUAUGUAGCAAGUGCCUAUGCAUACUUGGCAUGUUAUGAAAUUGGAUGUGGAAAAUUGAAAACUGCUAGAUUUUACCUUAAAUUUGUUGAAUUUUAUUUAGAUGAAAACCCAAUUGACGAUUUAAAAGCAACAAAGUAUCAGAUAAAUUUGAAAAAAUUCAAGCAAGUUCUUACCUGUGAAGCCAAGAGUGAGAAUACGGCUAUGGGAAUGCUAAAAGAUUGGCAUGAAAUUGCUGAAAAACAUAUUGGCGUCAAGUUCCCAAAGGAGUGGAGUAUGAUUUUGGACCAGAAAUUAACAGAGAGUACCUAUGUGAUUUUCAUUCAAAUGUUGGAUGCUGUAAUUAGUAUUUGUAAAGGAAUGAUGAUGAAGAAUCAGAGGGUUUCUGGAACUCUUAAUGAUAUUGCAGAAAUUGUUGGAAAUGGACUCAAGAUUAGAAUUUAUACUGAAAUGAAUAGAGGAAAGGAUAAAAUUGAAGAAUGCGCUUUGAAAAUAACCACCACAACUGAAUCAGGCCAAUUAUCAUUUUCUCCUUCCUUUUUGAUUGCUCCAAUUGCUGCUGCUUGUAAAAUCCAUUUGCAAAUUGUUAAACUCAUUGAAAAGGGAGAUCGCAAGAAUUGUGACGUUUCUUCUCCUCUAGGUGCCAUUGAUUACUAUCAGGUGCUUUCAAAAGAUUUGAGAGCUCUUCAAAUUCUCUCUAAACGAUACAAGGGUGUUCAACUCUUCCACCACAAUAUGAUUAAGGAAAUUGAAACAAUAAUUGAGAGGAAACAAUUCUAUAACGCCCUCAAUGAAUGCAUUACCAAUCAGAGCUUUUCUCCCCCAACUGUGGAUUUAUCAAAAAUUGAAUCUGCCAAUGAGUUUUUCCAAUACAUCUCCAAUCUUAAUGACCUGACUCCAACAACAGAAAGGGAGGAUGAAAAUCUAGUUCAACACCGAAUGAAGGAAUAUGAAGAAAGUUUAAACAGCUUUUUGGAUAGUUUCUCAGCUGGCUCGGAAGUGGAAACAGAUUUGGAACCCUUCUUGGAUUCGACUGAAAUACAAGAACUAUUCAACAUGAAUUACGGAUUAUCUUCCAAGUAG